GACUCCAGCGGGCUGGAUCAGGCUGAAUUGAAGGAUAGCUGGCACUGAACUGACAAUCCUCUCCGGUUCUGCUUUGGUUGCUGAUAUCCCCAGAUAUUCCAACCACUUGUUUGGGGAAACCCAGACCUGAUGGAGGCUACCAAUGUCCUUGCGCCUUUUGAAUUCAAUUCAAGACUUGUGCACGAGGGCUCUAUCAUGGCCCGCAACCCGCAUGCAGAACAGUUCGAUCUUUCUAUGAAUUCCUUGGUCUUCCCUGGCAUAGGCCCUUUCCUGCCUCUCCUUCCUUCAGGCUAUGGCAUGAACGGUAUGCUAGGAGACAACUAUGCCUCCGUCACGCAAGGCUACGGUUCCAAUUACUCGAGCCAUACUUCGUCGCAUGGCUUCCCAAGUCUGACGCCGCAUGGGCCCGACACGCGCAACGGACAUGCAAUCAGGACUCCACCAAUAAAGCUCGAAGAUGAUGCCACUUCGUCAUUCGCAUUUGACGUCCCUUCACAUGUUGCGUCGCCUCCAGAAACUUUCACUCCUUCUUCUGCGGGCCCAACUGAGGCCCAAUUUGCGACGAGUGUCGACGUGCUCAUGAGAGCCAUUCAGUCAAAAACGAACUCGGAGGACGUGCCAAGCGUGGACCGGCACUCGUCUUCAAACCAGCCGCAAACUCGAGCCCAAGGCGGCCCCAAGUCUACCAAGAAGAAGUAUCAAUGCAGUAUCCCCGGAUGCUGGAAGAGCUUCUACCAAAAGACCCACCUGGAUAUUCAUACCCGAGCACACACCGGAGUGAAGCCAUUUAUUUGCCGAGAGCCAUCCUGUGGUCAACGUUUCAGUCAGAUGGGAAAUCUCAAGACACAUGAGCGUCGCCAUACUGGAGAACGCCCAUACGAAUGCGAUAUCUGCCACAAGACAUUUGCUCAGCGCGGCAAUGUCCGAGCGCACAAAAUCGUGCACCUACAAGCAAAGCCCUUUACAUGUCGGCUGGAUGACUGCGGUAAACAGUUCAGCCAACUGGGAAACCUCAAGUCUCAUCAGAACAAGUUUCAUGCCUCGUCGCUGAACCUCCUCACGGAACGCUUCGCUUCCAUCCAUGAUGGCGAGCCGGUUUCUCAGAAUGAUCGAGAACUUUGGGAGUACUUCGCUUCAUUAUAUAAAAACUCCAACAAAGGAAUCAAGGGACGUGGCAAAGACCGCCGGAUUUCCUGCACGUCAACAUCCAGGCGACACAACUCAGGACCUGGAUCAUUGUCAUCAGAAAUGGGCCCAGAAUCUGGUGAUCAUGCGGUCUCCGCAGAGUGUACUUGCGAGCAGGACACCUCUGCGCGCAGGCGUAGUCCAAGUCAGUGUCUGAGCCAGACUAGCUCGGAAUCUUCUGGUUCUGCAGAGUCCUUUUGGGCUUUCAAGUCUUCGAAUACCGCGCCUGGUGAAGCAGGUAACAUUCACGGAAGCAUGAAUUCAAGCAUGUUAACCGGGCAUCUUCAUGCGAGAGGAAUCUAUGAUGGAUAUAUGGCAAGUAUGCCGAUGAUGCAUUCUUACCCGCGCUGAAAGGAGGUAUGUAGCAAUACCAUUUGUACAUGCCAAA